UGGGCCCGUUGAAUUUGAAUCUCAAAUAAUUUUCAAUCAAAGGUUCAAAUAUUUAUCAUUCAGUGAAAGCAUUUAUAUCUUUUAUUGCUUUUUGUAUCGCUAAUCGGUUCAGUAACUUAUUCAGUUUAGUCCAAAUUUUAACAGAGACAAGUAAAUAUUUUUAGAUAAAUUAACCGCAAUAAAUACCCAUAGAAAAACCUUACAACGAUACUCAGUACCUACAUUAAAAAGUUUUCAAUAACAUUAUACCUACACAAAUAACUAUACAAAAGUUAACUCUUUUAAAGUGACUGUGGAAGUGAAUACAAAUCCAAACAGUCUAAUCAAUUUUAGUACUGAAAAAGACGCUGCUAGUGUAAACCAUAUAGAUCGUAGUUUUCAAACUCUUCACGAAACCUAAAGUGAACCGGCUAAAAGUGGUCGUGGAAGUGAUGAGAGGAUAGUCGGCAUGAGCGGACUGGGCCCGCCGGGCGUGUGGGCGGCGCAGAAGCGGCUCGAAUCGUGGGCGCGAGCGGCACGCGAGCGUACCUCCAGUGCCUCCAGCGGGCAGAGCCACAACUCCACCGACAGCUUCGGCGAUGACAAGUCACACAGCAGCCCGAGUGAGAUGCUGAUACCGAAGGAGCAGUGCAGAGUGCAGCCUGCUAGUUGUGAGACGCGGACCGCCAGUUCCUUGCCGCACGCGCGCCUUGCUCGCACGCCCUCGAUAUCCUCGCAGAGCAGUCUCGACAGCGGCACGUCGAGAGCCACGAGCCACCGAGGUUCGUCGCCCGCUAUACGCACCUUCGCACCAGACGGUCGUACGCUAGAAGCGGGCGGGGCUGGCCCCAGGUCGCCGUCGCCUCUCCGCGCGGCCUCCCUGGACGUGCGCGCCGCACCGCUCGCCCACGGCUCCCUUGCGUCAUUAGCGGACUCACCAGCCCCGCCCAGCCCAAGACACUUGCCACCACGAUGCCUCUCCCCGCUGCUGAUGCCACCGAGACGGAUAGACCGGAGCAACUCGCUAGUCGAGAGCAGCAGCGGCCUGGGGCCCCUGAGUCCGGGUGCGACGGCGGCCAUCAGCGCCCUGGGGGCCCUCCAGCCGGACCUUUAUACGAAGCGCGAGGCGCCCCUUGUCAUCGAGCUAGAGGGACCAGGGCCAUCCCUGGGGCGCAUCCACCUACGCCUGAAAUACGACUUCGAUCGGUCCGAUUUGGAAGUGCACCUUAUAGAAGCGCACGAUCUGGCCGGCUAUGAGGCGGGUGGGUUCAACGACCCAUACGUGCGCGUGAGCCUUUUACCCGAGGUGGACACUCGUGUGCGACAAACGCCCGUGCAUCGGAACGAAGCUAAUCCCUUCUUCGACCAGCACUUCAAGUUUCCCGUCUCGCACGACGACUUGGGCGACAAGACGCUGCUGCUACAAGUAUUCGACUACGAUAGAUUUUCCCGCAACGAGGUGAUGGGUUCCGCCAAAGUCCCCUUGUCUCGGGUAGAAGUUGCGGGCGGUGCAGAAGUGUGGGCGGAGGUGUCUCGCGAGCGACGCCCGCCAGAGGAGCUGCAAGAACUGUUGCUGUCUCUGUCUUACCUGCCCUCCGCUGAGCGACUUACUGUGGUGGUGCUCAAGGCGAGGAACUUACUCCCGCCUCAAGAGGGAAAGGAUGCUUUAGAUGUAUAUGUAAAGGUGUAUCUACUAGUGAACGGAAAGCGAGUGAAAAAGAAGAAGACCAAUAGGAAAGAGAUACAUAACCCGGUGUGGAAUGAGGCGCUCUCUUUUAGUCUGCCGUCCGCAAAUCUCCAAGAGGCUUCCAUUGAGGUAUGCGUGGUUACGGGCGGCGGCGGACUAGUAGUCGGUUGGUGCUGCGUUGGAGCCGCUGAACCUGGCGCCGAGGGCCGCCACUGGGCACAGGUCGCGCACGAGACGCGCAAGGCCGUCGCUAUGUGGCACACGCUCAGGUAGACGCCCCUCUACUGUACCACGCCUGCCGCCAGUCACGAUACCGCGCCCGCGCCGCUGCAGGGACUCACGGCACUCAGCCAUCAAUACAAUGUUCACACUCUAUACAUCAGCCCAGCACUACGUGGCACACGCUCAGGAAGCACACGCUCAGGCAGACCGCCUUUUACUGCACCACGCCUGCCGCCAGUCACGAUACCGCGCCCCCACCGUUGCAGGGACUCACGGCACUCAGCCAUCAACAUAAUCUUCACACUCUUUAC